GCUCCUGCGCGGCUGCUGCGCGCCAGUGGCGGCCGAGCCAUGGACCGUAACCCGUCGCCGCCGCCGCCCAGUCGGGAGGAGGACGAGGCCACGGGAGAUUGCAUAGGGAGCACGGUCUACAGCAAGCACUGGCUCUUCGGCGUCCUCAGCGGGCUCAUCCAGCUUGUUACCCCUGAAAAUACCAAAUCCAGCUCAGAUGAUGAGGAGCAACAGAUGGAACUUGACGAAGAAAUGGAGAAUGAAAUUUGCAGAGUAUGGGAUAUGUCAAUGGAUGAGGAUGUGGCUUUAUUUCUCCAAGAAUUUAAUGCUCCUGACAUAUUUAUGGGCGUAUUGGCCAAAUCUAGAUGUCCUCGAUUAAGAGAAAUCUGUGUGGGAAUUUUAGGUAAUAUGGCCUGUUUUCAAGAGAUAUGUGUGUCCAUCAGCAGUGAUAAAAAUCUUGGCCAGGUAUUAUUGCAGUGUUUGUAUGAUUCAGACCCUCCUACUCUGCUGGAAACAAGUAGGUUGUUGCUUACUUGCCUUUCCCAGACAGAGGUGGCCAGUGUCUGGGUUGAAAGAAUCCGGGAACAUCCAGCUAUUUAUGAUAGCAUUUGCUUCAUCAUGUCUAGUUCAACAAAUGUUGACUUGCUAGUGAAGGUUGGAGAAGUUGUGGACAAACUUUUUGAUUUGGAUGAGAAACUAAUGUUGGAAUGGGUUGGAAAUGGGGCUGUUCAGCCUGUGGACCAACCUCCAGAAGGUUCUGAAGAGCGACCAGUGUUUAAAAUUGUGCCCUCUGUACUUGAAGCUGCAAAACAAAUACGUUCUGAACAUCUGGAAGGACUUGAUGUUUACAUGCAUAUCUUACAGCUGCUUACCACAGAGGAUGAUGGAAUUCAAGCAAUUGUACAGUGUCCUAAUACUGGAAAAGACACUUGGAAUUUACUUUUUGAUCUGGCCUGCCAUGAAUUUUGUCAGCCUGAUGAUCCACCCAUCAUACUUCAAGAACAGAAAACAGUGCUAGCCUCUGUUUUUUCAGUAUUGUUUUCCAUCUAUGCUUCAGAGGCUGAAGAGGAGAAUCUAAAGAUUGAAAAUGUAGAACUCCCUCUAAUUGAUAGCCUGAUUCGUGUCUUGCAAAAUUUGGAACAGUGUCAGAAGAAACCAGAGAACUCGGCAAACUCUAACACAGAAGACACUAAAAAAUCUGAUUUGACCCAAGAUGAUUUCCACUUGAAAAUCUUGAAGGAUAUUUCAUGUGAAUUUCUUUCUAAUAUUUUUCAGGAAUUAACAAAGGAGACUGUGGCUCAGGGACUAAAAGAGGGCCAGUUAAACAAGCAGAAGUGUUCCUGUGCAUUUCAAAACCUUCUUCCUUUCUAUAGCCCCAUGGUGGAAGACGUUCUCAAAAUCCUGCGUGAAGUUGAUAAGACCCUUGCUGAUGACCUGGAAGAAACCUUCCCAAGUUUGAAGGUUCAAACUUAAAAACUGAAUUGGAAUUUCCUCUGCCCAAGAAAUAAACUUUAUUUUCCUCAUUGACA